AUGUUUUCACAAUUUACAAAACGUUUAGCUACAAAGAACUUUGCCAAUAAACUAUCUUCAAAAUUGGUAGUCGGUGGUGUCGCUACAGCAGGUUUGACCUCUUCUGCUUUGCUAUACGCUGACUCUUUAACUGCCAAUGCCUUGACUGCUGCUGAACAUGGUUUACAUGCUCCUGCUUUCGAUUGGUCUCACAAUGGUCCUUUCGAAACUUUCGACCAUGCUUCAAUUAGAAGAGGUUACCAAGUCUAUAGAGAAGUCUGUGCCGCUUGUCAUUCCCUAGACAGAGUUGCCUGGAGAACUAUGAUCGGUGUAGCAUUCACAAACCAAGAAGUACGUGACAUGGCUGCCGAAUUCGAAUACGAUGAUGAACCUGAUGAACAAGGUAACCCAAGAAAGAGACCAGGUAAGAUCGCUGACUACAUCCAAGCUCCUUACGAAAAUGAACAAGCUGCAAGAGCCGCAAACCAAGGUGCUUUACCUCCAGAUUUAUCAUUGAUCGUUAAAGCUAGACACGGUGCUGCAGACUACAUCUUCGCCUUAUUAACUGGUUAUCCUGAUGAUCCUCCAGCUGGUGUCGUCUUACCAGAAGGUGCCAACUACAACCCUUACUUCCCAGGUGGUUCAAUUGCUAUGGCUAGAGUCUUAUUCGAUGAAUUAGUCGAAUACGAAGACGGUACCCCUGCUACUACCUCUCAAAUGGCUAAGGAUGUUACUACUUUCUUGAACUGGUGUGCUGAACCAGAACACGAUGAAAGAAAGAGAUUAGGUUUAAAGACCAUUACCAUCUUAUCUACUUUGUUCCUAUUAUCCGUAUGGAUCAAGAAAUUCAAGUGGGCUGGUAUCAAGACCAGACAAUUCAAAUUCAACCCACCAAAGACUUCUGGUAAGAAAUAA